UCCCGGUGCUUCUCUCACGUGCACGCUCCUUGUGCGAGGGGCACUCUGCUUGCAUUUGUGCACCUGGCUGCCUCGGCGUCACAAAGCAAAGCACUAGGCUCCGAGGAGGGGGCUCCCAAUCUCCUUAAGUUCUGGGAAGUCAUCAGUGAUGAGCUCGGCAUCGACCCCACUGGCAGUUACCAUGGCGACAGCGACUUGCAGCUGGAGAGAAUCAACGUGUACUACAACGAGGCUGCUGGUAACAAAUACGUUCCUCGGGCCAUCCUGGUGGACCUGGAACCCGGCACGAUGGACUCGGUCAGGUCGGGACCCUUCGGCCAGAUCUUCAGGCCAGACAACUUUGUGUUCGGCCAGAGCGGUGUGGGGAACAAGUGGGCCAAAGGCCACUACACAGAGGGCGCCAAGCUGGUGGACUCGGUCCUGGAUGUGGUGUGGAGGGAGUCAAAGAGCUGUGACUGUCUCCAGGGCUUCCAGCUGACCCAUCGCUGGGGGGGCGGCAUGGGCUGGGGCAUGGGCACCCUGCUCAUCAGCAAGAUCCGCCAGGAGUACCCCUACCGCAUCAUGAACACCUUUAGCGUCAUGUUCUCGCCCAAGGCGUCCGACACCGUGGUGGAGCCCUACAACGCCACGCUGUCCGUGCACCAGCUGGUGGAGAACACGGACGAGACCUACUCCACCGACAAGGAGGCCCUGUAUGACAUCUGCUUCCGCACCCUGAAGCUGACCUCGCCCACCUACGGUUACCUCAAUCACCUGGUGUUGGCGGGCUUCGCGCCUCUCACCAGCCGGGGCAACCAGCAGUACCGUCCCCUCACCGUGCCUGAGCUCACCUGGCAGGUCCGUUCCUGCCCCAGGACCCAUAGUAACAGCAGCACUGCAGAGGGCAAGAUGCUUCUCAGCAGCUGCCCCAGGAACGAGGACAGCUUCCUCUGA